AGGUGGAAUAACGUACAGCUUCUGCGCCGAGACGUGGUCGCCUGUGCACGGCCAUGGUCUUCAUCCCAUGGAGCCCUAGGAACCCAUCGUCCACCUGAGUAUCUUCCGUGUGUCCCAUGGCUGCUCAGGCUGGAAGUGACCUGUAGUAGAACCCUGAUGGGGGUUAAGGGAGGAGACAUGGCGAGAAUCAGCCAGGUCCGGCUCCUGCUGUGGAAAAACUGGACUGUCCGUAAGAGGCAGAAGAUGCGCUUCUUCAUGGAGAUCAUGUGGCCAGUCAUGCUGUUCAUUGGGCUCGUCUGGUUAAGGAAAGCCAAUCCACUGUACCGCCAGCAUGAAUGUCAUUUCCCAAACAAAGCCAUGCCCUCUGCUGGAAUCCUCCCGUGGAUCCAGGGGAUCUUUUGCAAUGCAAACAACCCCUGCUUCCAGCACCCAACCCGUGGAGAGUCUCCCGGCUUUGUGUCCAACUACAACAACUCCAUUUUGGCUCGUUUCUGGGCAGACACGCAGGAGCUCCUUCUGAGUGACCCCGAGUUCCUGCACCUGGGGAGAGUGUGGAGAGAGCUGACCACCAUGAGCAAGUUCAUGAGAACUCUCCAGAUACAUCCUGAAUGGAUCGAAGGUCUGGGGAUCACAGUGGAGGACGUUCUGAAGGACGACGAAAUGCUCACCUCUUAUCUGCUGCGAGACAUUCCUCUCUCAGCGUCUGUGGUCAAUCAGCUGGUCAAAGCCAAGAUCAGACCAGAACAGUUUGCCUAUGGUGUUCCUGACCUUAGGCUGAGGGAUAUCUCCUGCAGUCAGGCUCUUCUGGAGCGUUUCUUGAUCUUCCCGAGCCGUCACGGCGUCUACACCGUCCUCAAUGCCAUGUGCCCCCUCAAACCACAUCAGCUGGAGAGCAUUGAAGAGAAGUUUUAUACCAACGUGGACCUGUUUAAACUCUUGCGCCUGCUCCCACGUCUUCUGGAUGAAUACUCCAGCGGGAUUGACCUGCACUUCUGGGCCCGUGCGCUGUCUGCUGUGUCCGGAAAACUCCGAGUGUUAUUUGACAGGAGCAGUUUCAAAGAGCUUGUUCAGGUACUGUGGCCCCUGUUCCAGUCCCCGGGAGACCCCUCCUUCAGCCAGCUGAUGGCUGCCGCCUCCAGCCUGAUCUGCGGCUACACGGAGGGAGCUUUUUCCAGAGUGACCUCCUUCAACUGGUACGAGGACAACAACUACAAGGCCUUUCUGGGCAUCAACAACACCCGGAGCCAGGGAGAACACCCCUAUGACCCCUCCGCUACUUCAUUUUGUAAUAAUAUUAUGAAGGAUUUGGAGUCUGGUCCAGCUACCAGGCUUGUGUGGAACACGCUGAAGCCCUUCCUGAUGGGGAAAAUCCUGUACACUCCUGACUCACCCGCCAUCCGUCAGCUCAUCAAGAACGCCAACUCCACGUUUGAGGAGCUGGAGAGAUUGAGGAACAUCAUCAGGUCUUGGGAGGAGGUGGGUCCACAGCUGUGGGACUUGUUCCAGGACAACAUCCAGAUGGACAUGCUACGGGACAUCAUGAGGAACCCCUCAGUGAUGGACUACAUGGACCGGGGUCUGAAGGACAGUGAGCUGACUGUCAGACACAUCCUCAACUUCCUGUACACCGGGCCGGAGGACGAGCGGGACGCCGGCAUGCUCCGCUUUGACUGGAGGAACAUCUUCAACCUGACCGACAGAGCGCUGCGGAUGAUCAGUCAGUAUGGAGAGUGUCUAGUUUUGGAUAAGUUCGUGGGUCUCCCGGAUGAGAACCAGCUGACCCACCAAGCUCUGGACCUGAUUGCUGAGAAUAAGUUUUGGGCUGGCCUGGUCUUUGUGGACAUGCACCCCUGGACCACCAAAAUCCCUCCCCAUGUCAAGUUCAAGAUCCGCAUGGACAUCGACGCUGUGGAGCGCACCAACAAGAUCAAAGACAGGUACUGGGAUCCUGGUCCUCGAGCCGACCCCAUGGAUGACCUCCGCUAUGUGUGGGGAGGGUUUGCCUAUCUGCAGGAUAUGGUGGAGCAAGCGGUCAUAAAGAUCCACACGGGGAAAGAAUGGCCCCUGGGCGUCUAUCUGCAGCAGAUGCCUUACCCAUGCUAUGUGGAUGACCUGUUCAUGCUGACGCUGAGCCGCUGUUUCCCCAUCUUCAUUGUACUGGCGUGGGUGUACUCAGUCUCUAUGAUGGUGAAGAGCAUCGUGCUGGAGAAGGAGAUGAGGCUGAAGGAGACCCUGAAGGCCAUGGGGGUCACUAACGAGGUUCUCUGGUGCGCCUGGUUCAUCGACAGCUUCCUCAUGAUGACUGCCAGCACCGCCCUUCUCACCGCCAUCAUCAUGGGAGGGAAGGUUCUGAACUACAGCAGUCCCAUCAUCCUCUUCCUCUUCCUCCUCACUUUCACCACGGCCACCAUCAUGCAGUGUUUCCUGAUGACUGUUUUCUUCAACAAGGCCAACUUGGCGGCGGCCUGCAGCGGGAUCCUCUACUUCAGCUUCUACCUGCCCCACCUGGCCUGCUUCACCUGGCAGGACAGCAUCACCAAAGACAUGAAGAUCAUGGCAAGCCUGAUCUCCCAGGUGGCGUUUGGUUUUGGGACUGAAUACCUGUCCCGCUAUGAAGAGCAGGGCCUGGGGCUGCAGUGGGACAAUAUCCACACCAGUCCACUAGAAGGAGAUGAGUUUUCCUUCCACACCUCCAUCAUCAUGAUGCUCCUGGACACUGUGCUCUACGCUGUUCUUGCCUGGUACCUCGAUAGUGUGUUCCCAGGGCAGUAUGGCAUUGGCAGACCUUUUUAUUUCCCUAUCCAGCCGUCCUAUUGGCUGAACCUCACUGCUCCUCCAAAACCAGAUCCUGAGAAGCCAGAGGUGGUGAGUCCAGCACCUGAUAACACAGCAAAGCAAGUUGAAGAAAAUGCUAAUCAUCUUGCCCAACCUGAUGAGAAGCAGGAGGCCAAAUCUCUGGAACCACCGGCAUCCUGCAAGCAUGGAGAUAGACGGGAAAAACUAGAGCUGCACAAAACGCUGGAUGAGGAGGACAGCAGUUACCAGAGCCAGAGUCUUCUGUCUGGAGAGAAGAUGUUCUACGAGGCAGAGCCGAGCGGCCUGGUGGUGGGUGUGCGUGUGGAGAACUUGGUCAAGGUGUUCAGCGGCAGCUCCAAACCUGCUGUGGACGGCCUGAGCAUCACCUUCUACGAAGGCCAAAUCACUGCCUUCCUCGGCCAUAAUGGAGCCGGGAAGACGACCACCAUGUCUAUACUUACUGGAUUGUUCCCUCCUACUUCGGGCACGGCACAUAUCUACGGCAGAGACAUUCGCACAGAAAUGGACAUAAUCCGCCAGUCUCUGGGCAUGUGCCCUCAGCACAACAUCAUCUUCCACCACAUGACAGUAGCUGAGCACAUCCUGUUCUACUCUCUGCUGAAGGGUCGGCCGCUAGCUGAGGCUCAGCAGGAGGUGGAGAACAUGCUGGAAGACUUUGGCUUACCACACAAGAGAAACGAACAGACCCAGAACCUCUCAGGGGGACUGCAGAGGAAGCUGUCUGUUGCCAUGGCAUUUGUGGGUGGAGCUAAAGUGGUUUUCCUGGACGAGCCGACUUCAGGGGUGGAUCCCUAUUCCAGACGCUCCAUCUGGGACCUGCUGCUCAAAUACCGCCCAGGUCGUACUGUGAUCCUCUCUACACACCACAUGGACGAGGCUGACCUGCUGAGCGACCGUGUGGCUAUAAUUUCUCAAGGCCGCCUGCACUGCUGCGGCUCUCCGCUCUUCCUCAAGAGCAUGCUGGGGGCUGGAUUCUACCUCACACUCGUCCGCCGCAUGAAGGACGAAACGCUGUCCGCCAGGAAGGAGGGCCAGUGUGACUGUAAGGAUGAAUGCUCCUGUAAGUGCUCCGUCUGUACAGAAUAUAAAGAGAGCGCUUGCACCCAGCCCAAAGCCACCGGCCGACAGAUGGACGGGGAUGUGAACACCAUCACAGCUCUGGUGCACCACCAUGUGCCUGAGGCCAGACUGGUCGAGGCUGUGGGGCAGGAGCUGACCUUCCUGCUGCCCAGUCGGGGCUUUAAACACCGGGCUUACGCCAGCCUUUUCAGGGAGCUGGAGGAAACAUUGGCGGAUAUCGGCCUCAGCAGCUUCGGAGUGUCCGACACGUCACUGGAAGAGAUCUUUCUUAAAGUCACCGCUGAAGGAGAAACCGCUCAUGGGAAAUCCGUGUCCGACUUGAAAGCACUGCAGCAGAGAUCUCGCUCCAGUGUCUUUAGAGACACCACAGUGACUGUGAAUAUUGAGGAACCAGAAGCAGAGAAGAAGGCAUGUGUUAAUGGUCAAACGCUCUCCAAUGGCUCGGCCAGCAGAGGGGGCGAAGGCUCCAGGCAGGUGAAAGGUGUGUCUCUAGUGGUGAAGCAGUUCUUUGCUUUGCUCAUCAAGCGGUUCCACCACACUACGCGCUCCGGCAAGGAUUUCCUCGCCCAGAUUGUUCUGCCAGCCAGUUUUGUUCUGGUUUCUCUGAUGUUCACCCUCAUCGUCCCCCCGUUUGGAGAGUAUCCCAGCCUGACCCUGAGCCCGUGGAUGUAUGGCCGACAGUUUACCUUCUUCAGUAACGAGCAGACGGAGAUGGCGGAUAUGAAGUAUUUUGCUGAUGUACUUUUAAACAGGCCUGGAUUUGGGACACGCUGCAUGGUGGACGAACCUCUGAAAGAGUAUCCGUGCAAUAACAUCACCACAGAGUGGGAGACGCCCCUGGUCAACCCUGCCCUUAUCGAUGCGCUGGCCGGUCCGCAGUGGACGGAGCUCCGGCCGACUCCAGACUGUCAGUGCAGCACUUCCAGCAAACUCACUAUGUUGCCUGUUUGUCCUGAGGGAGCAGGGGGGCUGCCCCCACCACAGAGGAUUCAGUCUACUGGUGAUGUGCUGAUAGAUUUGACUGGGAGGAACAUUACGGACUAUCUGGUGAAGACUUACCCAACCCUCAUCAGAACAAGUUUGAAGAGCAAGUACUGGGUGAACGAACAAAGGUACGGAGGCAUUUCUGUAGGGGGGCGGCUGCCUGUCGUGGGUGUGAGCCCCAAAACGAUUCAAGACACUGCAGGAGAAAUAGGACGGCUGCUCAACAUAACAGGGGGAAAACACUUAAAAGUCGCUCUCAGGGAUAUUGGAACAUUCCUGAAAUAUAUGGAAACUGAAUAUAAUGUCAAGGUGUGGUAUAACAACAAAGGUUGGCAUGCCGUGGUGGCCUUCCUGAACGUGGCCAACAACGCCAUCCUCCGAGCCAACCUUCCCACUAAUGCCAACCCCAGUGAAUACGGCGUCACCGUGAUCAAUCACCCGCUCAACCUCACCAAAGAGCAGCUCUCCGAGGUCACCGUACUGACCACCUCAGUGGACGCUGUGGUGGCCAUGUGCGUGAUCUUUGCCAUGUCCUUCGUGCCAGCCAGUUUUGUCCUGUACCUGAUCCAGGAGAGGGUGACCCAGGCCAAGCACCUGCAGUUUGUGAGUGGGGUCAGUCCGCUGGUCUACUGGACAGCCAACUUCCUCUGGGACAUGAUCAGCUACUCCGUCAGUGCGGCCUUGGUUGUGAAGAUUUUUGUCAACUUUGAUAAAAAGUGCUACACCUCCCCUGCCAACCUGCACGCGCUGAUAGCCCUGCUGAUGCUGUAUGGCUGGUCUGUCACUCCGAUGAUGUACCCCAUGUCGUAUGUGUUCAGCGUCCCCAGUACGGCCUACGUGUCUCUGUCCUGCCUUAACCUGUUCAUUGGGAUCAAUAGCAGCGCUAUCACCUUCAUCCUGGACCUGUUCGACAGCACAACCACUCUGUAUAUGUUUAAUCAGAUGCUGAAGAAAGUCCUUCUGAUCUUUCCCCACUUCUGUCUGGGCCGAGGUCUGAUAGACAUGGCUGUGAACCAGGCAGUGAUGGAUGUCUACGCACGUUUUGGUGAGGACUACAGCCUGGACCCCUUUAGCUGGGACUUUGUGGGGAAGAAUGUGGCGUUCAUGGCUGCGGAGGGUUUCGUCUACUUUAUUCUGAACAUGCUUAUCCAGUACCGGUUCUUCCUCGAACACUGGAUGCCGGACUGUAAGAAGCCGCUGGUGAUGGACGAGGAUCUGGACGUGGCUGAAGAGAGAGAGAGGAUCUACAGAGGAGGGAACAGCAGCGACAUCCUACACAUCAAAGACUUAUCCAAGACGUACACUGGGGGCACUAAGCCUGCAGUGGACAGGAUCUGUGUGGGAGUAUCUCCAGGAGAGUGCUUUGGGCUUCUGGGUGUCAAUGGCGCUGGGAAAACAACCACGUUCAAAAUGCUCACUGGGGACAUCGACGUGAGCUCAGGGGAGGCUGCUGUCACUGGUCAUAGCAUCCUGACCAACAUCCUGGAUGUGUAUCAGAACAUGGGUUACUGUCCUCAGUUUGAUGCCAUAGAUGAUCUGCUGACCGGCAGAGAACAUCUACAUCUCUACGCGCGACUCAGCGGAGUCCCAGAGUCUGAGAUCAGCAGGGUGGCAGACUGGGCGAUCCAGAAGCUGGGUCUGACUCAGUACGCGGGUUACAGCGCUGGGACCUACAGCGGGGGAAACAAGCGCAAACUGUCCACUGCAAUCGCCAUGAUCGGCUGUCCUGCCCUCGUACUGCUGGACGAGCCAACCACUGGAAUGGACCCCCACUCUCGGCGCUUCCUGUGGAACUCCAUUAUGAGUGUGAUUCAGGACGGGAGGGCUGUGGUUCUCACAUCUCAUAGUAUGGAAGAAUGUGAGGCCCUCUGCACGCGUUUGGCCAUUAUGGUGAACGGGACCUUCAAGUGUCUGGGCACCAUUCAGCACCUCAAAUACAAAUUUGGCGACGGUUAUGUGGUCACCAUGAAAAUCAGGGCAGCUAAAGCAGGCACGGUGCCAGACCUGAACCCAGCCGAGGCCUUUAUGGAGAACACGUUCCCGGGCUGUGUCCAGCGGGAGAAACACUACAACACUCUGCAGUAUGAAGUGGCCUCCUCCUCUCUCGCCCGCAUCUUCCAGCUAGUCCUGACCAACAAGGAGAAACUCAACAUCGAGGAUUAUUCCGUGACCCAGACAACACUGGACCAGGUGUUUGUGAACUUUGCCAAGCAGCAGUCUGGAGAGGAAGACACCAUAGUGCUUCAUCCACGGGCUGCAGGGGCCAGAUGGAACAGAGUCAUGCCUGAGAAACUGACCACCUGAGGAGGCUGAUUGAAAGCAUGCUUCGUACUUAAUAGCCUGGCAAACCGUCGUAUCCGAGAGAAGAAGACGAGAUUUUUCCAGCUUCUUCUGUGAGACUUGGUUUUGCUGCAUUUUGCUGCACACUUUCCUUGCUUGGCCUUCUCCAUAGUCGUGCAACUAAAGCUGCAACGGUGUAGACAAGCAAAUAAAAAGGACAUACAGGGUAGCCUGCCAAAUACAGUAGCACUUUAUUGACUUUUUUACCAAUCUAUUUUUUUAUCAAACAAUAGAUCAUUGCAAAUUCUCUUGUGGUUAUGAAAUGCAAAUUGCAGUAUGUGACAUUUUGCAAACCUCUGAUGAAUGCAAACCUUUUCUGCCAAUAUAGAUUUACAUAUAUUUAUUUAGAUUAUGAGCGCUUAGUUGUCAUAUAUGCUGUAUUCACUACCUCAGGCUGCUGAAAAUAUAGUUCUAGAAAAUGUAACUUGUUCGUGUUUUACAAGUAUUCCAACAUUAAAACUUGUGAAGUACAAUAAA